AUGAACAUGCGCGACCUCGCCGGCUGGUACCUGACCGCGCUGGACGACAUGGGAAUCGAACAGACCAACCUGAUGGGCUUCGCGUUCGGAGGUUGGCUUGCCGCAGAGAUGGCCACUAUGGACCCCAAGCGGUUCAGCAAGCUCGUGCUCGUCAACCCAAUGGGCAUCAAGCCGCCGACA